AUGGCACAGACCCAAUGCCCCUCCAUGUACACCCACAUGGGUUCUCUGACGCCUUACACCGAUAUCCCUGCGCUCCGCAUUGUCAAUGGCUACUUGAAUGCACUGGACAGCCUCGACUUUGAAGCCCAUGACGGAGGCGUUUUCUUCGCCGACGACGCGGCAUUCUUCGACACCACAAACAACACGUACCGUUCGUCUGACUCAAUCUGGACCGGCAUCAAAUCACGCUUCGGCGACUUCGAGUUCAUGCACCACCAAACAUGCCUGGCCCGAGUUUUUGGUCCAGAUGUGCGCUCUCUCAAAGAAGGCGAGAGGCACGUCAUCAGCGUGCAGGCAGUCAUGCUUUGCAGGUUGAAGGGCUGGGAGGAGGAGAGGAUCGUCGAGAUCCCACGCAUGUUUGAAUUCAUCGUCGGCACUGUCGAGGAGCCUGCAUCUGAGGAAAUGCCCGACGAAGGCAUUGAGGCCGAAGAACAAGAUAACCGUCUGAAGAGAGGCUACCAGGGUCUUCACAUCUACGAAGGAAAGGUGUGGUGGGAUUCUGGAGUUCUUGCCAAAGCCAUCGAAGAGAAGAAGAAAGAGGACGAGCGCCACAGGUUCCGCCGCAUCAUGACCUUGAACAAUGGAUUUCUCGGUCAGAGACCUGGCAGGUGA